AUGCACACCCACAUCCACAUCUACACCACACUGCGCGUCAUCAGCAUCAUAUCACACUUCAUGCACACCCACAUCCACAUCUACACCACACUGCGCGUCAUCAGCAUCAUAUUAAUUUUCAUGCACACCCACAUCCACAUCUACACCACACUGCGCGUCAUCAGCAUCAUAUCACACUUCAUGCACACCCACAUCCACAACUACACCACACUGCGCGUCAUCAGCAUCAUAUUAAUUUUCAUGCACACCCACAUUCACAUCUACACCACACUGCCCGUUACUCACAGCCACCUGUUUCAUGUAAACUCUUUGCCCCUCAACAUUGUAGGUUUCCAAAAUAUUUUAAAACAAUCUGGCGCACUUUAA